AUUUUAUUAUAAAUCAAUAAUAUAGUGUACAUUUGAAACAUGGGUAUCAUUUGUUUAAGUCUAUUAGCAGUAGUUUUACUAACUACUGGUAUUCUAGCCUGCAAGGCUCCUGAUACAACUGAAACCAACAAAGAUUGGUGGCAAACUGCUCAAUUUUACCAAAUCUAUCCACGGUCUUUUAUGGACUCUGAUGGCGAUGGAAUUGGUGAUUUAAAUGGAAUAACCUCAAAAUUGGAAUAUCUUAAGGAAAUUGGCGUAACUGCAGCUUGGCUUUCUCCUAUUUUCAAGUCACCUAUGGUUGAUUUUGGUUAUGAUAUCUCAAGUUUUUAUGAAAUUCAACCAGAGUACGGAACAAUUGAUGAUUUGAAAAACCUCAUCGUCAAGGCAACAUCACUUGGUUUGAAAAUUGUUUUGGAUUUUGUUCCAAACCAUGCUAGUACUGAAAAUGAAUGGUUUAAGAAAUCGGUAAAACGUGAGAAAGGCUUUGAGGACUUUUUUGUUUGGAGUGAUGGAGUUGUGAAUCCUAGCGGAGGAAAACGACUUCCACCAAGUAAUUGGCUUCAAGCCUUCAGAGGAUCAGCUUGGGAAUGGAAUGACGAGAGGCAACAAUACUACCUUCAUCAAUUUGCAGUUCAACAGGCCGAUUUGAACUAUCGCAAUCCAGUGGUUGUGGAAGAAAUGAAACGCGUCUUGCGGUAUUGGUUGGAUAUAGGUGUUGCUGGUUUUAGAAUUGAUGCAGUUCCUGUUCUAUUCGAGGCUUUACCUGACAGUACAGGACGUUACCCGGACGAACCACUCAGUGGUACUACCGAUGAUAAGGAUGAUAAUGAAUACUUGAAUCACAUUUACACACAAAACCAACCGGAAACUCUUGACAUGGUAUAUCAAUGGCGUACCGUCAUGGAUGACUAUCAACGAAUUCAUGGUGGCGAAACAAGAGUCUUGUUAAUAGAAACAUAUGCACCAGCUUGGUUUACUAUGCCAAUGUAUGGAAAUGCUACAACAAAGGGUGCACAUUUGCCAUUCAAUUUUAAUUUGAUUACAAUGUUAGACAAAGGAUUUACAGCAACAGAUCUAGAAAAGAGUAUUGCUGCUUGGUUGGAUAACAUGCCUGCAGGGAAAACAGCAAAUUGGGUGACUGGGAACCAUGAUAGAAGGCGUACCGCAAGUCGGUAUGGAAUUGAAGUAGCUGAUACUAUGAAUAUGCUGGUUAUGAUGUUGCCAGGAGCAAGUAUUACUUAUCAGGGUGAAGAACUCGCAAUGAUCGAUGGUGAAAUAUCUUGGGCAGAUACUGUUGAUCCAGCUGCAUGCAACUCUAAUCCAGAUAUCUAUGAGAAAUUUACUAGAGAUCCAACACGUACACCCUUCCAAUGGAAUAGUAAUAAAAAUGCUGGGUUUUCUACAGCUGAAAAAACUUGGCUGCCACUUGCUGCUGGCUAUGAAACAACAAAUGUUGAAGUAGAACGAAAAGCGACGAGAAGUCAUUUAAAUAUUUACAAAGCUUUGGUUAAUCUACGUAAAACAAGUAAAUUACUUCAAAAUGGAAAUUAUAGAUUCAAAGCUCUUAGUGCAGGGGUAUUCAUAUUAGAAAGAUCAUUAACAACUGGUGAGAAAUUAGUGUUUUUAGCUAAUGUUGGCAGCUCGCCAUCGACAAUCAAUAUAAGAGAUUAUGAUGUAACUUUACCAGAAACCGUCAAGACUUCUAUCAUUAAUUUGUCUUCAACUAAAGGGGAAGGGGUUACCCUAUCAGCCGGAAAUAUAGAACUUAGUGCAUAUGAGGCCUUGAUUUUAGUAAAAACAUAACUUUUCACUGCCAAAACGAAAAUGUAGUACUUACAUGUUAUUUAAA